AUGUCUGACCAGCAACAUUCGAACGGGAAUUCUCUCCUUGGUAUACAACCACCAGAUCUCAACAUGGCAUCGAGGCCGUGCGACCUCGCCAGCGUCAGUAUGCACGUGGAUAAAAUCAAUAAGCUAGCAGCUGCCGCUUCUCCUAGUGAUAAUGGUACAAGACUUGAACUAGCAGAAGCUGCCAGACGCUUAGUACGAGCCCUAGAAACUCCCCGCGAGACGAUGAUAAAGCAUUGCUGGGCACAACCUUCUGCUAUGACUGCUAUCACUACUGGGGUUGAUUUGGGACUGUUUGACGCCAUGGUUAAAGAUGGCGGGAGAAGUAAAACGUCUGUCGAGCUUGCUAGCGCUGUCGGUGCCGAUCAUGCUCUCAUAGCCCGGUUCCUCCGUCACCUUAGUGCCAUGGGAUAUGUGGAGGAGACUGAUGCCGACGAAUAUGCGCCAACAAACUUUACACGAUCCCUCUGCAUACCUAUAAUCGGUGCUGGUUACCCCCUAUUGUCGGGCGGUAUUCUCGGUUCGAAUAUCAAAUUUCACGAGUAUAUAAAAAAGGCUGGGUAUGAGGUUCCUAGCAACAUGCUGUCCGGGCCAUUCCAAUACGCCUAUGGCACAGAUAAGAACUUGUUCGAGCAUCUUCAAGCCAAUCCUCCGUACGGCGAUCUGUUCAACCUUCAUAUGGCGGGGUAUCGCCAGGGGCGAGCAAGUUGGAUGGACCCCGAGUUCUUCCCAGUUCAGGAGAAGCUAGUCGAUGGGGCAGACCCGAGUAAGGAAGCCGUGUUCUUGGUCGAUAUUGGGGGUUCGAUUGGACAUGAUAUAGCAGAGUUUCUAACCAAGCAUCCGUCUGUACCCGGUCGUCUUAUAUUACAAGAUUUGCCAGAUGUGCUUCAGCAAAUUGAUACUCUGGAUGAGAGAAUAGAGCGGAUGGAGCAUAAUUUCUUCACUGAACAACCAAUUAGAGGUAGUAGGGCUUAUUACAUGCACUCCGUCUUACACGACUGGCCUGAUGAGCAAUGCGUUCAAAUUCUAACUCAACUUUCCAAGUCUAUGGAACCUGGAUAUAGCAAGCUGCUCAUCAACGAAAACGUGAUCCCUCUACGCCAUGCGUACUGGGAAGCUACAGCUCUAGAUAUCCUCAUGAUGACUGGCUUUUCAUCUAGAGAAAGGACGAAACAUGAAUGGGAAGAUCUGAUCAAGGCGUCUGGACUACGUAUUUGCAAGACUUGGACUGUCGAUGACGGGGUGGAAAGUCUCAUCGAGUGCGAGUUGGAUACGAAAGAGCUUUCUUAA